CUCUCGCGAUGAUCUAUCGUCGCAGAGCUUCGGCGUUGUUGAUUCUGGUCUGAUUAUUUCUCGAUGUGGAGUGUGAGCUGCUGGUUCCGAGGAGACUUUGAUUGAUUGGAUCUUUUGCGUGGACUGGUAUUCUCUGAGGCGCGAGAAGGAAGUGCGGAAACCGUUUUGAAAAAGAAGCUUGUGAGGAUCAAGAAUUUGCAGCCACACGAUUUUCUGUGAUGUAAACGCUCGUAUUCCAGAUUCUCCAUCGGUCUAGAAGAGGAGAGGGCGCACUACAUUUCAACAUUAAUAUCUCUAGAUUCAUACUUGAAUUCGCGACUACUGCGUCAUUUAAGUAAGCUUACGAAGACGUGGAGUUUCGUUUUCAAGCAGAAGCUGCGCGAACCACCACCGUCACCAUGUGGGAUUCUAUGCUUGGGAAGGGCUUCAAAACCCAGAAAUGUAAGACAUUGCUGAAGCUGGCAAUGGCACGCAUUAAGUUAUUACGAAAUAAGAGAGACCUUCAGGUCAAGCAGAUGCGUAAAGAGAUUGCUCAGCUACUCACCAGUGGACAAGAGCCCAGUGCAAGGAUACGCGUUGAGCACAUUAUUCGAGAGCAAAAUAUUUUGGCAGCAUAUGACAUACUUGAACUAUUCUCCGAACUUGUGGCUGUCCGACUUCCUAUAAUAGAGGCUCAAAAAAAUUGUCCCUUGGAUUUGAAGGAGGCCAUCUCAAGUUUGAUAUUUGCGUCUCCACGCUGUUCUGAUUUGCCUGAACUUCUACAAAUCCGCCAACUUUUCGCUGCUAAAUAUGGGAAAGAGUUCGCCGCAGCUGCAGCAGAGCUCCGUCCCGACUGUGGUGUCAAUCGUCGGAUAAUAGAAAAGCUUUCGGUACGUGCGCCUUCUGGAGAGGUGAAACUGAAGUUGCUGAAAGAGAUUGCUGCUGAGCAUAGUGUUAGCUGGGAUUCUGCAGAUACUGAAGCAGAACUCACAAAAUCUCACGAAGAUUUGCUCGAUGGACCUAAUCAUUUCCUUGGAGCAAAUGAGAAGCCCCCUCCCCAAUUAGCCCGUUCACAAUCCAGUGGGACCUAUGAUGCUGCUAGGGACGUUCCCACCAGAACUUUGUCGCGAAUGUCAUCGGACUUGUCUGGACUAUCUUCAUCUGGAUCUUUACAUGAGGACGAGAGAGAGCCCCAAAUCCCGUUUAAGAACAUCCCUCCACCUACAAAGUACGAGCCUCCGUCACCUACAAAGUAUGUGCCUCCUUCACCUACAAAGUAUGUGCCUCCUUCACCGACAGUUACUCCUAUUCGAAAGGUGGACACAGUUGAUCAGGUGUCACAUGUCCCACACCAAGCGACUUCUUCGGAUUUGAGAUCUGAUGCCAAGUCAAGCACUUCUGUGUCGACGAGAAAGGAACACCAAGGUAAUUACUUCGAUGUGGCUUCCGCUGCAAAAGCCGCUGCUGACUCAGCUAACCGUGCAGUAGCAGCUGCGCGAGCUGCAGCUGAGCUGGCUCGAAAGCAAAGCGGUGAUUUUGGCACCAGGGUGCCUGACAAGCUUGGAAGACAGAAUUCAAUUCCUCCAGUUGAGGACGAGGAAAGCGCUACAGAUUUGGACAGUGAUGGUGAUGAUGAUGACGACGAUCACGGCAAUCUUCGAUUGAAAGUAAAUUCCAUUCAGAGCAGACUUGGUCAAGGGAGGAGCCCAGCACCAGCAAGAUUUAGUGAUAGUGAUAGCGAUACUGCUGAGUAUGACGUACCUCGUGGCAGGGGGGCUGGUGGGAAGAAACCUAGGUCCAAUGCCUUAUAUGAGCGCACUGAUCCGUCUGAGUUAUUUGAAGAUCAGAGGCCCCCGUUGAAGGCAACCAAACUAGAUUUUCAAACAGAAGAUACUUCAAGCAGGCCGGCAUUUGAUGACGACGACAGUGGUGGUGAAAACUCAAUCACCGCAAGGGCUGCAACGCAAGAAAGUGAGAGCCGAACCUAUGGUGGCAGUAGCACAUUUAGGAGUAAAUCAGGCAGCUUCAAUUGGAAAUCUGGAAAGGAAUCCGACAGACACACCUUUGAUGUUGACAGUGGCAAAACUUCACUCCACUACAGUGUGAUGGACACUGGUAAUCGUAACCAUUACGACGAUCCUGAUUUAUCAAGAGUGGAAGGAAACCAUUCAUCAUAUGACCAACCUUUUGCUGGUAGGCUAAACAGUUCCAGAUUUGAUGCCAAGGGCCGUGAAGGCUCUCCAUUAUUUGACGAAGAAGGAUCGAUUGGUAGAUCCCGUGAGCCUUCGCGUCUUGGGAGUUUUCAACGGUCUGCACGCUUUGACUACGAAGAUGAGGACAAUCCUUCGCGCUUCUCCAGUACACAAAAGUAUGGCUCGAAUGAUUACUCUUUCACGCCUAAAACAGAUUGUAGCUAUCCGCCAAGCACAAACCCGCCAGGGUCGGACUUUUCAACCACUGUAAGGGUUUUCGACAUUGAUCCCUCUCCAAGGGUAAUUGAGGAUGAUGAUUUGGAAGCACGGUUUGAGGCUCUAAAGCUGCCAUUUCGGCGGUAGCUGUGAAGGUAUUCAACAUUCUGUUAGGAAAUUUUCGUGUGACCUAUGAUACGGUCCCUACUUUGUUUGGAGGUUGUCAAUAUAUUAGUUGGUUCCGAAUACAGUAGUAAUUCAUCAUAUACUCUUCAGAAGAGUUUGUGAACUUCCAGGCUUUGUAUUUAUGGUGUCCUGGGAGCUUUUAAUCUCAAAUUUUCUUUUCAAUUAGCUUAUGUACAUGAACUGGAAGAAUUCAGGUAUUCUUGAUUCUUUAUUACCCAA